AUGUGUGAUAAGUGGUGGGGGAUGAGUAAUUUUGAUUGGGCUGUGAGGGAGUCAGAAGGCAGAUCGGGUGGAAUACUAUCGGUCUGGAACAAGGAUAAGUUUGUGGCAACUAGUAAAUGGAACGUGAUGGGGGCUGUUAUUGUUAAUGGGAUUUGGCUACAAGGAGGCCUGCAUUGUUGUUUUGUUAAUGUGUAUGCGCCCAUGGGAACCACCGAAAAGGAAUCUUUGUGGGAUACAUUACAGCUCAUUGCUCUUCAAAACAAAGACUCGUGCCUGUGUUUUCUUGGCGACUUCAACGCAGUGCGUGAUUCGGGAGAAAGGGUGGGGAAAGGUGCUGUCUUUAAUCAAGCAGAUGCAAGGUCUUUUGACGCUUUUAUUAGGCAAAGUAAUCUGCUGGAAAUCAGAACACAGGGAAGAAAGUUUACGUGGUAUCAACCUGGUGGAGGAUGCAAGAGCAAACUAGACAGAUUUAUGGUCAACGAGAAAUGGAUGCAGGAAUGGCCGGACACAGUCGGAAGGGGGCUUCAGAGAUCAAGUGCGUUGAAAGAGUGGAAUAUGAGGAUUUAUGGCAACAUUGAGCACGGCUUGACAGAUCUUAAGGAUGAACUUCAGGAGCUGGACAUUUUUUAUGACACCUUUGGUCUUGAGGAGAGUGACACAAUCAGGAGAAAUGAAUUACGAGCAAAGAUUUUCCUUAAAUCCAAAGAAAAAUGUAGUCUUCUCCAACAAAAGGCGAAAGUCAAAUGGGUCAAGGAGGGCGAUCUGAAUACUAGCUUUUAUCACAAAGCAAUUGUUAGGAGAAGAAAGAAGAAUGAAAUUGCAGGGCUUGAUGUUGGGGGUUGCUGGAUCGAGGAUCCAAAGAUCAUUAAGGAGAACGUCAAAACGUUCUUCGAGAAUCACUUCAAGAAGACGCCGCGCGUCCUACCUAUGAUACCGGGAGAUUUCACUGCUCGGAAAAUUUCUGCAGCAAAUAAUGCGGAGCUGAUCAAACCUUUUUCAGAAUCAGAAAUUAAAGAGGCCAUUUGGAGCUGUGACGGUGACAAGAGCCCGGGACCGGAUGGCUUUAACCUCAAGUUAUGGAAAGCUUCAUGGGAGAUUAUCAAGAAAGAUUUUUUAAAGGUUUUGGCGAAUAGGAUGAAACAGGUCAUGGAUUCAGUUAUUUCGGAUAAUCAGAGUGCCUUCAUUGGCGGCCAUUACAUCCUAGAUGGGGUGGUGGUUCUAAAUGAAGCAAUCGCGGAGGCUUCUAAGAAGAGAAAGGGGAGGAUUAUCUUCAAGGUGGAUUUCGCGAAAGCCUAUGACUCCGUGGAGUGGGAUUUCUUGGAUUUAAUGCUUGAAAGAAUGGAUUUUGAGCCAUUAUGGAGGAAAUGGAUCUGA